AUGAUGUUACCGGCCGGAAUAAAAAUAGUACUGCGCUUAAUGAUCAUAGAGAUCAUUAUUGUAAUGAUACUCAUAAAGAGUAGUUACUCUUUAAGAUGUCGCACAGACGAUGGUCCUUCGGAUGGUGAGAUGAAACGAGUAGCUCGGACUUGUAUGCGUAAAUUUGGUGAUAUUGCUAGUGCUCAGAAUGCUCAACAGCAGCACCAACAACAACAAUCUCAGGGUAGACUGAGACAAAGAGUAAGGAAUAGAGAAAACUAUGGUUACAAUUAUGAAGAGAGCGAUGAGGAUAAUGAUGAGGACUUUGAUGAAGAUCAAUAUUAUUACAAUAAUAAUCAUAGAAAUAACAAUCAUCGUCAAAAUGGUAACAACCACAAUGAAAGAGGCGGCAAUAAUGGAGGAGGUUAUAAUGAUGAUCGUCAACGGGGUCGUUCGCGUUAUAAUAGCAAUAACAACAAUAAUAAUCGAACAUCAAACGGAAAUAAUAAUAACUGGAAUUAUUCAAAUCAAACAAAUAAUAAUGGAAAUUCAGCCAGUAAUAGAGGAAACAAUAACAACAAUAAUAAUAAUAACAAUAGAAACAAAAAUAAUAAUAACAAUAAUCAGAAUUCUUCUCCGGAUCCAGCCUGCAUAGUCCAUUGUUUCUUUGAUGAAAUGCACAUGCUUAAUAACAACAACUAUCCCGAUCGUCAUAAGAUGCUGUACAUUCUUACAAAAGAUCUCAGAGAUCGUGAACUGCGCAAUUUCUAUACCGACACUAUACAGGAGUGUUUUCGCUAUUUGGAAAACCAACGCAGACGUGAUAAAUGUCAAUUUUCCAGGGAUUUAAUUACAUGUAUGACGGAAUAUGCUAAGGGUAACUGUGAAGAUUGGAAUGAGUUUAAUAUGAUGUUUAACUAG